GAAUUUUCAACCGUAACGCCGUUUAUGAACAAUGUUGACAAUGAUGCCGAUUUUUUUUAUUUUGAUUUUUUUGAGAAUUUUUUUUUCUGUUUUUCAUGAUCUGAUUUGAAAGAUAAUUGUCCAAUGAAUCCGAAUCUUAAUCUGAAUAUUUACCAUCGAAAAUCAGUGCCAAAAAGAUUGAAACGUUUCACAUUGAUUGCAUCAAAGAAUCGACGUUGUCAUUUCUGCACCAACCAAAAUGGCCAUUAUGAAUGUUCCAAAUGUCAUCAACCAUAUUGUUCGAUUGAAUGUUUUCGAUCACCGGCUCAUUAUGAUUGUUCGGAACAAUUCUAUAAACGUAUGGUUAUGGAACAUUUGAAAAAUGUUCGUGUUGAUGAUGAUAACAAAGAAUUUAUGGAUAUUUUACGACGAAAUCUAUUCAAAGAUUAUGUAGACAUAUUGAAUACGUCUAGUGAAAAUGAUUCGAAUGAAACAGAAGAAAUAGAUCUGGAUUGGAUUGAUGAUGAUAGAAUGCAUCAAUUUAUGGAACGUAUAUUGUCCAUUUGUGUGGAUGAUAAUGUUGAUUUAGAUUCCAUUUGGACUGAUCGAUUAACAGAAUCUGAACGAAAAGAAUUUGCUGAAAUUGUCCAAACAAAUCCUGGAUAUUUUGAUCGAAUAAUUCCCGAAUGGAAACCAUGGUGGUGUCAACAAGAAUGGCAAGCAAUUGUUGAAGAUGUUGAUACUCUAAAUGCUAGCAAACAGCGGCCAUAUCCAUCGCUUUUAAAUGACGAUCAUGGAAUUGAACCAAUUUCAAAAUUAUUAUCACAAAAAUCACCAUCACCAUUGUUGAUACAUUCAAUAAUUUCUUUAUGUUUUGCCUAUUGUUAUCUAUGUCGAUUGUAUAAUGGUGAAAUUGAAAAUUCAAAUGUUUAUACAGCCAACGAUGAUGAUGAUGAUCACAAAUUAUGGCAAUGGUCCAUUGUGGAAAAACUUUUUCAUAUCGUUCCGGAAUUACAGCCAAACGUCUCGAUUCGAACGGAAAAACCAUUCGAUACAAUCGAGUUAUUAAUCGAACGAAUGUUAACAAUCGAUCGUGAUGAUGAUGACCAUGAUGAUCCAUUAAUCAAUGUUAAUCAACGGAAAGCAACCAUCAUUCAAUUAUUUGAUGAUCUUCAAAUCAUAAUUGAUUGGAAUAAACCUGGUCGUCGAUUAUUUGUACAAACAACAACGGAUAAAAUUAAUCAUCAAUCACCAAAAGCAAUCGUACUGAUAUUAAGUGAUCUUUAUCGUAUUAUUGGAAAUAUUCGAUUACAAAUGAAGAAAAAUCAUCACGAAAAUGAAGAAAAAUCAAUUCACAACAACAAACAACAAGCAAAAUUAUUGCAACAAAAAUUACGUUUCUAUCUAAGCUAUACGAUCGCAAUGUGCAAUGAAAUUCGACAACAAAAUUGGCUUGAUGUAUUGGUAUUUCAUCGUGAACGUUUGUGGCAAGAAAUUCAACAAAAUGAUUCAUCAUCAUCAUCAUCAUCAUCAUCGUAGUGAUAU